AAAAACUACGUUGCUAUUGUUCACGCUUCUCGUGGACCGGAAACCGGAAGUCUAAAAACCAGGAAGUAGUUCAGACAGAGACGCGUUCGACAUGGCAACUGGUGCAGAUCAAGCUGUGGGUUUGGGCCUUGUUGGCUUCAGUCUGUUACUCUUCACAUACUACACCAUAUGGGUUAUAGUUCUGCCAUUUGUCGACAUCGAUCACGUAAUUCACAGUUAUUUUCUCCCUCGUGAGUACUCGGUCAUACUUCCUGGCAUCGCAGCACUGAUCCUCUUACUUUGCGUUGGUACCUUCAUAGGAAUAGUAACUUGGAAGAAUCGCAAAUCAAAGAAGGACAACUAGGACUCUCCAUUCUCUGUUAUUCAACUGCCUGAGAAAAGAACGUGAUGAAAACUCAACCUUGCCUUGUACCAGCUCCUGUAUACAUCACUGUUCUCAGAAGCUUCCUGGCUUUAGCCCUGAAGAAAUGACUAUUGAGUGUAAAGGUGCCCAUUAGAGACCAAGGGUAAAAAUGCUCACUCAUUAAUGCAUCAAUGGAAAUUCGUCAUUUCGGUGACGUGAAAAUAUAAAAGCGUUACUGUACUAUCUGCUGGUACAUUGUAUACAGUCGAUAUAUUCAGUAACCGCUAAAACAUGCAUUUUUGCAGUCCUGUUAGACUGUAAAUAGACAUAAAUGUAUGCUAUUAAAAAUAUAAAAAUGCACAACAUGCUCAUCGGUGGCAGGUGGGCUGUAAAUGUGAGAAGGUACACUAGUUUGGGUUGGUUUUUUUGUACACUGCAAUAAAUAAUUAUGUAGA